AGAGAGGAGCUUUCUAACGAACUUGUUUCUUUUACGGCAGCCAUAAGAAGAAGAAAGCUGCAGAUCCAAGUGUCAAGAGGGCAUUGAUUAUGGACAGCGAUGAAACGCACAGGAUUAACGCAUUGUGCGCAGUCAACUUCUCUGUGGAUGAUCCGUUCAUCAAGGCGCUUGAGGAAAAAUAUACUUGCGCCGUUUUCCACAGUAAGACGGGUCUUGAUUGCAAAGACGUUCGUGGCAUUGUGUUUGUUUUUGACGACUUCGAAAAUGAAAUUUUUCACAACUUCAAACGCGUUCACUCCGAGGCAUCAGUCUUUGGGAUAGCCUUGAUAAAAAGCAGAAUUCAGCAUAAUUUGUGCUUACCGCGUGCGAAGCCUAAACGUGCUGUUUAUUGUGAUAUGUUCCGGAACAUCAAUGUGAUAAUUGGUUUUGGAGAGGAAGCUGAAAGAAGCUCAUGGAGCAAACUGGUCCGUUACAUGGGAGGACGUGUGAGAAAGGAGCCGGAGGCCGAUUCUACUUUCCUUGUCACAAAGGAAGCAAGAGGAAGAACAUUUAGGAUGCUCAUUUCCCUCGGGCAAAAAGUCCUGCUUCCGACAUGGCUUGAAGAGUGCUGGAGUUGUCGUGAUGAUCUGGGCUUUGACCCCACAGAAAAUGCUUUGCUCCGCAGGCAUCGCAUUGGCGUAUUUGAAUCGCUCAAAAUAUGUGUUGUUGGGUUUGAAGACGACUACGCUUCGGAUAUAAGGGAUAAUAUAUCAAGCUUCGGAGCCACGGUUGUGGAUGAUGCAAUGUACGCCACACAUGUCGUUGUUAGCGGUGCACAUGUUCUCAGCAGGCUUCCUGCCGCUAAUCAACGCAUCGUUACGGCAGAGUGGGUUUGGACUAGCAUCAGCAUACAGUACUGCGCCAAUGAAGAUGCAUACAUGCCUGCAACGUUGACAUCUCUCCUUCCUGCAAGUGGCGAAGAAGCGAGCGAAUUUUUCGGCGUCUCAGCACCCGGCCGUUCCUGUAAUUUGAAAGGUACUUUAAUCCCAUCUGGAAAGGAUAAUGCGCUUGUACUGCCUGAAUCAUUUCUCUCACCAGAAAAGGAUGCCAUGCCGAAUGCGACUAGAGCUCAUCAUAUUUGCAUUGAAAUGCUGGAGACAGAUAUAUCUUAUGCUAAUUCACUUCGAUUACUAGUAAAGGUGAAAUCAGAUUUAGAACAUGCGAUAGAGACUGGGGAUCCUUUGAUGCAGAAAGCGGAUGUUUCUCUUAUUUUUGGAAAAAUUCCUCCUAUUCUUCAUGUCCACGAGCAUAUCAUAGCCACUCUCAGAAGUAUUCUGGACAACUGGGAUGAAGCGUCCGCUUCCAUCAAGAUCGCGCAGGUCUGGAUUGGGGCAUACGAGGACCUGGAUCGUGUUUACUCCCCCUAUUCGAACAAUUACGACACAGCUCGCAUCACAUUGACUUCCGCCGACGAAACUGAUCCACGCUUACAUGCAUUUAUCAGAGCGAAGGAAUGUGGCACGGAUUUUCAACGCUGUCGCUUUCAAGAUCUUCUCAUCAAGCCUGUACAACGCCUUCCUACUGUGGUCAUAUUGCUUAAAGAGCUGCAAAAAAGAGAUGCAAACUGUUCUAAGAAGGUGGAUGAAGCAAUUGCUCUCGUCGAGAAAAUAAUAAGUCGUGCUAAUACCGUUCGUGCACAAAAUGAUGACUUCAUCGAGCAAAUCAGUUUUUUCAAUGAGGUGGAAUGUGUUCCGCCAUAUCUCGUUUGUUCGCGAAGGAGGCUUGUGAAAUCCGUGGAAGGAUACUCCAUAGGCGGGACUGCUGAGUGGAACAGCCUACACCGCCGAAAAGUUAAAAUUGUUCUCUACAACGAUGUGAUACUCGUGUGCAAAGUUCGAAACGCUUUGGAGAAAACACGAGCUUUGACGAAGCUUACUCGUCAUGCGUCGUUCUCGAAUCUGGCCGAGUCAAAAAAACAGUACAAAUACUUUGCACAUCUUUUCAUCCCUAAUGUUCGUGAAAUCAAUCGACUGAAGUUCUCCUCUUAUGAAGGAUCUGUGGACGAUAGACUGGAACCUACAGACAUUCUUCCCAUUUUUGGGUGGACCAUAAGAGAUGUGAGUAGCGAUUCGACUUGGUAUGUAGAAGCAGCUGAUAAGGAUCUAAUGGUCGAUUUCAUCGAAGAAGUUCACAAGAAAAUUUUCAUGGAUUUUGGACGAGACAUAUCAUGGCCUGGCUUCACGAUCUCGGAUGUACCUUCUAGUAACUUGCGGGAAAUGCUAAAGAAACACAUCAGAAGGACCCUUCAAAAAAGUGAAAUGUUUGGAACAUCGGAUGCGAACUGCAAAUCCACAGUGCUGCAACCUUUUGCUUUCUCUUCGCUAGGACGUCGAUCAGCACAAGGACUUAGGAGAACAGUGAGCCACUUAGGAAGUUCCUUCGCCCGUCUGACACAUCCUUUCCCGUUUGGACACCAUUCCGAAUUUUCUGCUUUGGAGGAAUCCCCAGAACGUAGGGUGGACGUGCCUGAGCCAUGUAAAUCGCCCAAUGCUACUCAUUAUACUGCUUUAAAUGGCGGUUUUGCUGACAUACCCACUCGCGACAUAAAGGUCAAGGUCGUAAAGCAAGAAAACUGCUCAACAGAAGAUUUCGAUGAGGAAAACUAAAGAAGUGAUCUACUUGUGCGGUGGCGGCUUCAGCUUUUGAUAAAAUCUCGUAAAAGUAAUCAUCAAUCUAUCAUAUGAUCCUCGAAUGGCCAUUACUUUGCUCUACUUUUAUGUCUGUGUCUUUUUAUCAAGUGCGUUGUUCUUCAUUAUGUAAUUAUCGAUGUGCAUAAGGUGUUCAGCUGUCAAUUUCCGUACAGUAUGCCGUGUAUCAUAAAUCAUAUCUGAAAAAGCAUAUGAGC